GGGAAAUUUUUGCAGUGAAUAUCUCACUGUUACUUGUCUUGUACAGCCUUCUUCAGUGUGUGUGUGUGUAUGUGUGUGUGUGUGUGUGCUCUCUCUCCCUCCCUCCACCUCUGCCUGGCUGUCAGCUUGCCUUGACCACGUAGCAGCUUCCUGGCAGGCAGCCGCUUGUGUCUACUCUCUCUCUCUCUCUCCCUCUCUGACACACACACUCACACACACACACACACACACACACACACACUCAGUAUCAGUAGCCUAUGUAGAACCACGUAGCACCAGCUUUGGAUUUUAACCACCAACAGCACCAGCCGAAGCGGCCAUGGAUCUCUUUGAAUUCGACUUUUUCAGAGACUGGGAGCUUGAACAACCAUGUCAUCUGGAGUCGGAGCGCAGCGCCCUGAAGAGGAGAGAGUGGGAGAGGAGGAACCAGGAGGUCCAACAGGAUGAAGACCUGUUCUCUACUGGAUUCAACCUGUUUGGAGAACCUUAUAAAACUAAUAAAGGUGAUGCGUUGGCCAAUCGCGUCCAGAACACACUGGGCUCCUACGAAGAGAUGAAAGACCUGUUAACCAGCCAUUCAAACCAGAGCCACUUAGUAGGAAUCCCCAAAGGCAGCAGUGCCAACAACAACCUGCAAACCCCAACCACUUCAGCUACAGAGAGAUCCGCCAUGGAGUCCCAGCUUUUCAACGAAACCCUUAGAGGAGGAACGGGAGGAGGAGGAGGAGGUGGAGGAGGAGGCGUGGAGGGAGGUGGGGAGAAGAGGAUGGGAAAUGCACCCUCCUCAUCUUCGACUUCCAUGCAACCCCCUGCUUCAACAGCAUCCUCAUCAAGCGCCCAAUCAGUGCCACAUCAGAAUUCAAAAAAGUCCCGGAGCUCCAUGGAUUGGUCAAGGGGAGGCCAUGGACAGAGCGCCCAGGGAACAGGCCUUGUUCUGGGGUUAGGACAAGGGCAGGGGCAGGCUGCAGGAACAACAAGUGGAAGAGGGAAAAUGUCUUUAUUAGAGGAACAGCAAAUGCAAAGGCAUGAGGAGCUGUUCAGCUCACUGAAAGAUGAACUAGGUCUAAAGGGAGACUCAAGUCCUUCCUCCUCCUCUUCAUCCUCUUCUUCAUCCUCCUCUUCUGGGAGGAGACAUUCUACCCAUCCCUCCAAAACCCUUCCUCUCCCAGAUGGUGGCAAUUUUAGAUCUUCUACCAUAGACGGUGGCCAUUUUAAGUCUUCCACUAACACAGAAAAUGGUGGACAUUUUAAAUCCUCCCCAUUUGAAAAUGAAAGCUCUCACCUCUCUACAUCCUCUUCCCCGCUUGCUUCUACGUCAGUUUUGACGACGCCUACUCCUGGUCUAACCACUCCCACAUCAGGACUGACCACGCCCACAUUCCCACCUGGUAGCCUAUCAGGGAAGCCAGUCGCAGUGCAGCAGAAGCCCACAGCGUAUGUUCGACCAAUGGACGGCCAGGACCAGGCACCCAGUGACUCUCCCCAGCUAAAACCCCCGUUGGUGGCCACAGAGGGAUUCAACAAUAGUCAAGCUUUUGGAGGAAACUCUGGGAACGUGAAGAAUAAACUGCCAAAACUGAGUCUAAGCCACACAGGGGAGGUCAGCCUACCAAACGACUCCAGCUGUGUUGAAGAGAUUCUGCGGGAGAUGACCCAUUCCUGGCCUCCUCCUCUCACAGCCAUACACACUCCUGGAAAGGCUGAUCAGACCAAGUUCCCCAUCCCAAACAAGGAGCCACAGCAUGUGACCUCAGGCUACAACACCCAGAAGCGAUGUACUGUGUCAGCUAACAAGCCUGCUGCUAAACCACCAACUGCACCGCAGAAGUCAAUGUUGGAGGAUGACCUGAAGAUCAGCAGCGAUGAGGAAGAGGCCGAACAACAGGUGUCUGACAAGCCCAAAGCCAGAGGCACAGCUCUAAGCGGGGCAUCAGGGAGCAGCAGUGAAUCAGAGAGCAGCUCAGAGUCGGACACAGAUGAAUCAGAGAGCAGCUCCAGUGACAGCGAGUAUAACCGGGCCUCCCGCACCAAUACUCCAGAGCCUGAGCCCCCCUCCACCAACAAGUGGCAGCUGGACAGCUGGUUGAACAAGGUCCAAGCUCAAACCAAACCCCUGGUUCCCCCACAGCAAGAACAUCAUGGCACAGGCUCCAUCACCCAGGGUCGGGAAACUUUCUCUCCAGGGAAUGAUGCACCAGCAGCGGGUGCAGCUGCCAAGACCAAGCCCUGCGGAUCCAACAGCACCCCCGUUCCAGCUGCACCAACAGUGGAACACAAAGAUACUAGGGGAGCCUUCUGCCCGAGCAGAGAGAAGGCCAAGGCCAAGCUCAGCCAGAAGGCCUCAGGGGAAGGUCAGAGGUCAAAGAUGAGGCUGUCGCCGGGCCUGUUGUCAGGGCCAGAGGUCACGACCCCGAGGAGGAACACCACAGGGAAGAAACAGCCCAGACGGACAGAGAGGUCGAACAGCGUGGAGGAUAAUCAGAGCCAGACAUGGAGCAGAGCAAACCAGCAAAGCCCUGCAGUGAGGGAAAAGGACCUGUUGCCACCCCCCUCCCUGGAGCAUCAGAACCCCCCCAGGCCACGAAACAAACCUCCCAGUGGGAAAACAGCCCCCAGGAAAGAACCUCGCAGCGCUACCAACUCAAACAACAACACAGUUGUACCACCAGCAGCGCUACAGCAAACCCCUGUGCCAAUACCUGCUGUCAGUGUAAACCAGGAUAAGAGGAAGCAUCGUGGUCCGAACAGCAAAAUCACACCCAAGUCCCGAGAAUUCAUCGAAACAGAUUCCUCCUCCUCCUCCUCAGAAUGCCACUCGGAUUCAGAGGAAGCCAUCAAAAUCCCCGCUCUGCCACCUCAGACGACACGCUCUGUGAUUAACACACAGACUCUGUCCAACACGCACGUACACACCCCUCUACUCCCAUGCCUCGGCUCUGCUAACAGUCUGGGAAAUCUUGGAACAUUCGGAGGGAAGGGACUGCGUGUCAAAGAUGGUAGCAGUGUGACCACUAAUGGUAGCAGCAGUAGUAAUAGUAGCAUCAGCAGCGGCACUAAUGGCAGCGGUAGCAGCUGUAACUCCCUAAGCAUUAGCAACAUUACCGCUUCAUUUGGUACUUCUGUUCCCGAUCCUGGAGGGUUAGGAGGUCAGUGCAAGGACCUUGAGUCCAUGUCACCACCUUCCAACAUGGGGCAUGAUGUGCCUCUUUCCCCCCUGAGGGAGUACCCAGAGAUCCAGAGUCUGUGGGUGAAAAUUGACCUGAGUUUGCUCAGCAGGGUGCCCGGGCAAGGUUUAGGGGAAAGAUCCCGGGUGGGAAUGGUAGAAAGGGACGGGAGUGAAGGCAGAGACAGGGAGAGACAGGGGGAGAGGGAGAGGAAGUUACCGAAAGGGGAGAGACAGGAAGAAGAAAAUGAGCGAUUAGCGCAGGACAGAGAGAGGCAAGGUGACAGAGACAGAUUAACAGAGAGAGAGAAGCAGGCGGAUAGAGAAGACAGAGAGAGGUUCGGGCUCGGGGAGAGAGAAAGGACGACGGAGAGAAGAGAGAAGGUAUGCCAAGGUCUGGGGGUCCUGGACAACCCUCCUGUCCAAGAGCAGAGUAAUCCCAGGCUGCCAGGGAGGACGGAGAGAGGAGAGAGUGGAGGCAAACACAGGAGGCAAGCAGCUGGCAGCAUAGUGGUCCCAACAGAGAAACACACCAGCAAGAGCAAGAGGAAACACAAGUUGGACCACAGCGAGCCAUCAGUCAACGGCAACAAGAAGCUGCGAUUGGACAAAGACUGUCAGCUCCUCCCACCCUGCAUCUCUCCAAUACACAACCACAAGAACAGCUCCACAGACUCUCUGAACAGGAAGCAGUCUCGACGGCGCGAUGAGAAGCUGCUCCCUCCCCUCCUGUCCCCCCUCUCUGACGACCCCCCUCGGAAGCGGACCUGCGACAGCGGUUCCUCUCUCAGCCAGGAGGGUGGCGCCGCCGGGAUGCUGCCCUGCUCCACCUCCUCCACUUCCACCUCCUCCUCCUCCUCCUCUUCCUCACACAGACACAGGAGAGGUGAAAGCAAGGCGUCAUCACACACAAGAAAUGGCAGCGAAAUGGAUCCUCAUGGCGAGAAGCCCUGCGGAGACAGUUACCAUGCCAACGGACAGUCAGACUCGGAGGUGUGGUCAGAACCGCUGAUGGAACCUGCGGAACCUCGCAGGCCGCGACUGUCAUUCAGCGACACAGUCCACAGUGCAGACUACUACAUGCAGGAGGCCAAGAGACUGAAGCACAAGGCUGAUGCAUUGAUGGAUAAAUUUGGUAAAGCAGUGAACUACGCAGACGGCGCCCUCUCCUUCAUAGAGUGUGGAAAUGCUAUGGAGCGAGAUCCACUCGAGGCCAAAUCACCAUAUACAAUGUACUCUGAAACUGUCGAGCUAAUCAGGUAUGCCAUGAGGUUGAAGAACUUCACCAGCCAUUCAGCCACCAUCGCUGAGAAGAAACUAGCUGUGCUGUGUAACCGCUGUCUGUCUCUGCUGUAUCUGAGGAUGUUCCAUCUGAAGAAAGACCACGCUGUCAAGUACUCACGGUCGCUCAUGGAGUACUUCAAGAAUUCAGCCAAGAGUUCCCACCAAGCACCUUCUCCUUGGAGGACCAAUGGGAAGGUCAACGGGACUCCAUCUCCCCUCUCACUCAGCCCCUCCCCAGCCAGCAGCGGAGGUGGAGGAGGAGCAGGAGGAGGAUCCGGAGGUGCCCCGGGCUCGUCGGGCAGUGUGGCUAUUCCCCAGCGGAUUCACCACAUGGCUGCCAGUCACGUUAACAUCACCAACAACAUCCUGCGGAGCUAUGAGCACUGGGAGACGGCCGACAGACUGGCCACUGAUAGCCAAGAGUUCUUCCAGGAGCUGGACUCAGUGAUGGAGGCGUUGAGUCAGCAGAGCAGCAUGACCGAGCUGGUCCGAUACAUCAGGCAGGGACUGCACUGGCUCCGCAUAGAGGCUCACCUGCUGUAGGGACUGGACCAGAGCCAAACUUAAAAAAAAAAUAAAAAAAACAAGAAAGAAAUGGGCCUGGGAGCUAGAACUGGGAUAACAAGAUAACAAGUGAGAUGAGACUCAGGACGAUGCUUCAGUUCCCACUGGGAUCCUUCAAAUGACCCGACACCACCCACGGUAAAAUAAUGGCACAGACUGGGUGGAUUAAUUGGGCUGAAAUUCAUCUGCAAUUAGGAAUGAACAGUAACUAAGUUUGGGAAUUUCAACUGUGAUUCACGGAGUACAAAUUAGCAUAUUAUAAAUUUGGCUGAUGCUGCUGUUUGGAGAGACUACAAUCAGUACAGGUAGCUUAAAUUCCUAAAAGGACAAUAGCUGGCUGCAAUCCUCCCUGUUUCCCCGAAUAGAAAUAAGAAUUAGAGAGGAACGGCAAAUGUGUUUUUACUAAGAUAGGAUAAUUUUCAAAAAGAUAUGUGAGAGGCUGAUGUGAUUAAGGCAGGAAAGGAGCCCAACAGAGGCUCAUCUGCUCCAGCAGUGGCCUAGAAACGUGUCUGUGAUUGGGACUCGAAUUAAUGCCUCAGGCUGAUAUUGAUCCAAGUGGAAAAGUACUGGUCCAAUCCAUUAGAUAAGGACCAUGCUGGUAAAGGAAAGAGGCUUAGCUACAAUCACCAGAGCUGAAUUAAUGGAGGCUGAAGCUAGUCCUCUGCUUGUCUUUCAGCCCAUCUUUAGAGAUGAAUCCUCCAAGACAAACUCUGGCAAACAGAACCUAGAACCUGCCUGUGUUGUGCAUCCCUUUCCACAACGUAAUAUUUCAUAACAUAAUUAGUCACACGGAUGCAAAAUAGCAUCUGAAGAAUGCCUGCUGAAACGCCAUCCUUUGUAGCUGACAAGUCAGUCAAAUUUAAAGUUAUAAUCCUUAAGAUUUUCAUCAUAUCAAACAAUCUUUAUGCCAUUAAUGGGUGACAUUCAUUUAUCUAUAGCUAUUAAAUGUAUUUACACUCAUUAGUCAUUAGUCAUUAGUCAGUGGCGGAGUCUGCCAUUCCCUUGCAGGAUUAAAAUAGCGUGCAUAUGCACAAGAGAUUCACAGGAAACAAUGAUACAUUGGACAUUUGGACAAAAUUUGGAAGGCAAAAGCUGAUAUUUCAUGUAAUAUGUGCACAUGAGCAUCUAACAACUCAACCCAGAAGAGUAGACUGGUCCUGGGUAUUCUGAAGAGGAAGCAUGUGUCUGUCAGGACAUAUACACCUACAGUGAUUUAUAAAGAAGACAUCACAUUUGCAAUGUGAACAGACACACAAGUUGCUUGACUUCUGUGUAUUUCCGACAGAGUAGCUGCUCAAAGCAGAUGAAUUUAAUAAUAGUCUAGCUUUUGAAUUAAUGUGAAAAUCACAUAUCUACUAUCACGAAAUUCUGUGGUUGGUCUGCUUUGCUUUCAUACCACAAACAAACUGAACCAGAGUCCACUUGGAAAUGAACCAAGAUAGUCUGAAGCUGAGGUUUCAGUCUGGUCGUUUGAUCCACACCAGAGUUUGAUAGACAACUUUCAAACCACAAUGAAUGAACCGCAUUAACUGGGCAAACACACCAGAAUUCAACUUAACCAAACCACCAGUAAAUGAACCAGGAUGGAAAUUUUAAGUAUUACCAUUUUAAAUCUGGAUUUGCUUUUUAACAAUGGAUUUUUUUCUGGUUUACCACAAGAAAUCAUACAAUAUGAUAUUUGAGUUUUGGUACCAAUAUUAAAACAAUAUAUGACAAUAUAUACAAUACCAGUCAAAAGUUUGGACACACUUUCUCAUUCAAGUGAAUAGGAAAAUGCAUCCAAACUUUCGACUGGUACUAUAUAUAUAUAUAUAUGUGUGUGUGUUUAACCAGACAUUCGAUGCCAGUUUUCAAUGCAGAGAUAUUUCCAUCCAAAGACAUAUUGAGGUUCAGUUUAGAGAUCUCUGAGUCAGGAUCUCUUCAGUUUAUCCCCUUGCUAUCAAGCAAUUCAUAUGUUCCCUGGAUCAAUAGUUUGUUUAAACAGAUCUCUGAUGUGGAGCCUCUCAGUAAAAUUGGCUCAAGAUAACCUUAACUUUAAGAUGUGUUCAACAAGAGUGAGGAUUACAAGACCUGGUCAAGUAGCAGUGCAGGGAGUUAACAGCUCAGCAGAACAAGCACUCAAUUCUACUAGUCCUACAAAUGAGGGCUUUCUUCCAUCAAGUAAAGCAAUUGUCUGGUUCUUCUCUUACUGGUUACAGGCUUUUGUGAACUUUCCCUCAGUUCUAAUUCCCACAGUAACCCACCCAAUAAAGUGUCAAACACUUACGGGGGGAAAAAACUACAAGAUUCAGUAUGAUUUGGCUCUAAUUAAGCCCCCACCCAUGUGCAGAUCAAGUAAACAGGGUGAAAAUCUCACGUCUGCUUUUCUGCCCUGAUGUCAAAAUCUGUGCAACAACGGCGACUUUGUACAGCACUUAAUGAGAUCAAAUCAUCUGCAGGAUAUCUUGUAGUCAUUUCCCAGCAUUUGUUGUGUUGUGUUAUUGUGUGUAUAUGUGUACAGAUGAUUGUCAAGUCUAUUUAAAUCAUUACCUGACUGGACAAUAAUGAUGUUUGUGUACCAUAAUGUAGAGACUGUGACUCCUGAAACAGUGUUUUUUUGUUUGUAUGUUUGUGUCUUGUGAAUGAUUCAAUGUGAAUGAAUGAUGAAGUGAAACAAGU